GGGAACUUGUACAGUGAAGUUGUUGGAGCGCUCCUGCUCAAGUGACGUUAGGAGGGAACGGGAAGCAUGGCGGCGACACGAGCGCGUGAGAGAUCUUCUCCUGACGCGAAACAUGACGUGCCGAGAGGAGACAGCGGGACAUCGGCGUUAUUUUUAAAGUUAUCCGCUGCAGCUUUCUACGGACUCGCUUCUUUUCUCAUCGUCGUAGUUAACAAGAGUGUUCUCACUACUUACAGAUUCCCGUCCUCCUUGUCAGUGGGAAUUGGCCAAAUGUUGGCAACUGUUUUUGUUUUGAGAGGGUCGAAAUCAUUACACCUGAUCGAUUUCCCAGAUUUCGACAGGAACGUCGUGCAGAAGGUAUUUCCUCUCCCUUUACUGUAUGUGGGAAAUCAACUAACGGGCCUGUUUGGAACACAACAAGUCAAUCUGCCCAUGUUUACGGUGCUCAGAAGGUUCUCCAUUUUAUUCACAAUGCUGUUUGAGGGUUACCUGCUGAGAAAGACGUUUUCAUGGUCGAUUAAGGCAACGGUGUUCACCAUGAUCUUUGGAGCAUUUAUAGCUGCUAGUACAGAUUUAGCUUUUGACCUCCAUGGAUACAUUUUCAUUACACUUAACAACAUUCUGACUGCUGCUAAUGGGGCUUAUAUGAAACAAAAACUGGACUCCAAGGAACUGGGAAAAUAUGGACUGCUGUACUAUAAUGCUUUAUUGAUGAUCAUUCCCACUAUUGUUUUGGCAUACUUCACUGGAGACGUUCACAAAGCUUUGGAAUACGAUGGCUGGGCCGACCUUUUCUUUGUUUUCCAGUUUGUCUUGACGUGUGUCAUGGGGUUUAUUCUGAUGUACUCCAUUAUGUUAUGUACCCAUUAUAACUCUGCUCUAACUACUACAAUUGUUGGCUGUAUCAAGAAUAUCUUGGUGACGUAUAUUGGGAUGGUGUUUGGUGGAGAUUAUAUCUUCACCUGGCUAAACUUUAUUGGCUUAAACAUCAGCAUUGCUGGCAGUCUCGUGUACUCGUACAUCACUUUCACUAAGGAACAAAAAAAAACAAGUUGAUGAAACAAACAAUCAACAUCAAAUUAUCACAAAAGAUGAAUGUCAACAAAUGAUGGUGGGAGUCACCAGUGGACACGCAGACAUGUGUUUCAUAGUGACUUUUGUUAUAAUGGUGAAGCUCUUGAUCCCCUGCAGCUUUGGUUCUGAAAGUAUUUUUUAUUGUACAUUUAUUUUUAUUUUUAAAAAUCAAUUUUGAAGCCAUAACCACAUGAGAUCAUACAACAGUCAACUAGAAGUGACCAAAUGACGAAGGUACAGAAGUGUGUGACCUGAAUGCUAGUAACAGACAGAAUGAAUCUUUGCACAUACAGUCCGAAAUUUUCGUAUGCGUUUUUUCGUAUUUGGCGCUGGUUUGUACGGUGUCUCUGAAUUGUCAGAACGCCUCUCAAAAUGCUUGCUUGCUACUAAAAUGGAACCCAGUGCGAAUUUAUUUUAUGACUGACGAAAAUAUCACAUAUAUAAAUGUGAUUUACACAACGUGAGAUCGUAUUUAUUUUUAACGUGCGGAAAUUUCGGACUCAAUGUGCAUUAACCCUUAAAAACGAUGUAAUCAAAUCAUAAAUUACAAUAUGUGACCCUGGACCACAAAACUAGUAAAGGUCUUUGCACAUACAGUCCGAAAUUUUCGUAUGCGUUUUUUCGUAUUUGCCUCUCGUUUGUACGGUGUCUCUGAAUUGUUAAAAAAGGCCACUCAAAAUGCUUGACGGAUGCGAAAAACGCAGAAAAUCGAACCCGGUCCGAAUUUUUUUAUGACGGACGAAAAUAUCGGAGGCAGUGUGUAAAUGUGAUUGACGCAACGUGAGGUCGUAUUUAUUUUUUAACGUGCGGAAAUUUCGGACGCAAAUUUCGGACUCGAUGUGCAAUGGGCUUUAGGAUCAAGUUUUUGAAAUUGAGAUUUAUACAUCAUCUGAACGUUGAAUAAAUACGCUUUGCGUUGAUGUAAGGUUUGUUAGGAUAGGACAAUAUUUGGCCGAGAUACAACUAUUUGAAAAUCUGCAAUCUGAGGUUGCAAAAACAAUUGAGAAAUUCACCUUUAAAGUUGUCCAUCAGAGGCGCUGUAGCGGGCCGUUGCUAAGAAGAAAAAGGUUUGUUUUGACGCUCUCUAUUGGCUUAGUGCUGUAAUGACGCUGUGGAGAGUACAUGAACACGAAAUCUGAAAUUCUAAAAUUUACGUAGAUACCAAACUCGAGUGGGUAAUUCCCAAAGAGCGGCAGCAGCGCGCAAAGUUUGUAGGCGUGUUUCCCGCCAUUUUUGUUGAGAUUUCGCUGCAUACUCAAAAAUAAAGUUUUGAUGUAUGUGUAUAUACAGUAUAUAUAUAUAUCUUCAUGUAACAUGAUCUUUACUUAAUCGAUAAUUUUGACCCAUACAAUGUAUUUUAUUUGGAUAUUGCCACAAAUAUACCUGUGCUACUUCUGACUGGAUUUGUGGUCCAGGGUCACAAAUAUAAUCAGUUUACAAACUCGGAGCUAUGGAGAUCAAUUUUGCAACAAAAAGUCAUUCUCUAUUGAGAAAAUGAAUGAUGAUUCUUCUGAAACUCAGAAGCACUUGAUUGUUAACAUUUCACUUGAUUGUUUCAUUUCAAUAUGCAAUAUUUCAGUAUUUUUGUAAUUAUUUUAAUAUAUUUUAUGACGGUUGGUUUAAGGGUAAACAAUUGUAAAAAUAAAAGUUGUUGAAGGAACUUUGAACAA